GUGCCCCGAUAGUGACACGCAGUGACCUUCGCAGGAGACGGCGGCGUUCACCAUGAGCAAGGCCGGCAAGUCGAGGAAGAGGAAGCUCUCCGGGUCUGCGGACGAGGUGGAGAGGAUGCGAGUGUGCAUGAAGGUGAUGGCCGACAAGCUCAAGGCCGCGGACGACAAGAUCAAGGCCUCGGGCGACGAGCUGGAGACACUCCGCCGCCAUCGGGACCAGCUGGCCGAGGAGGUUGAGAUCCUACAAGAGAGGAGCCUGGCGGAGGUGCUCGUGCUCCAGCCGCGGCAGAUGCAAGUGCAGGACCUGCCCCUCCACGUGAUGCUGCGCAUCUUCGACAUGCUGGACCGCACGUUCCUCACGGACGUGGUGAGCGCCGUGUGCCAGCAGUGGCUCCUCGCGGUGUGCGAGCCCUCGCUCUGGGCGCGCGCCACCCUGACCUAUGGCAACUCGAAGGGGUCGGCGAUGGGCGCGACUGGGUUCGUGCGCACGCUCGGCUCCGCUUCCAUGCUGUACGCCCUGGAGUGCGGCCUGUCACCGGCAGACCCGCCCGCCGUGCACCAGAUGCUGACGACGUGCGCAACGGCCGUCGAGCACCUGUGCUUCGACCUGGACACGGCCGCCCCCGAGGCCGUGCUGCGCCUCAUGUGGAACUCACGGCACUGCCUCAAGGAGCUGUCUGUGCGCGAGGGGCCCCUGGGCGGGUCCGACUUCUCCUACAGCCAGGCUACCAGGACCAGGACUGCGCCCAGUGUGCCUCCUUCAACGCGGUGGGGGGCACCACCCUGUCCCUCCUGCAUGACGGUCAGUUUCUCGACGGGGACGUCGACAUGUCGUGGCCCGAGUCUCCGGCCGUGUCCCCGGCAAGAGUCUUUCCCAGUGUCCUCCCAGAUGUAAAGCCGCUGAUAGCGGAGUCUCAACAAGACUUUCCAGUGCCAGAACUUGAUGACAGUGUAACAAAGGAGUUUUUAGGCCCCCCACACAAGUACCGUAAAAUAACUAGCGGUUCCAGUUCAGUUGCAAAGACAAGCAAGGCGAGCCAGCUGAAGGUGAAGGUGACCGCCAAGCCUAGGGCGCCAAGCGAAAGAGCACUGGCCGUGGCUAAGCGAACGCAGACCAAAAUCAAGAAAUCUACAAUUGCCGCCUUUCGAAGUGGUAUCUCAAGCCUGUCUACAGAGGGACCGCCAGGGUCGGCGAUCUUUCAGAGUUCUAGUGAAACUUUAGCAAAUUCAGUUAAAGUUUCGCCCAGACCGUCGAGUGAGGGAAAGCAGCUUAUCAUCAGCUCGCCUAGCGAAGUGUCCAUCCCUCUCUCUGAAGUUCCUAAUGUUAUAAAGCCGGUAGUGAAUGACCUAACUUCCCCUUUUAACGAUUGUUUACUGCAAGUGAGUCUCCCUUCGAACCCUAGGGUCUCGUUGGCCACUGCACCCAGCACCACAACGAGCAUCUUGCGGAGCAUUGUCACCACCCUACCAUCCAGCACCGUGACGAGCACCGUCUCAAGCACGGUAUCUGCUUCACAAAAGCCACCACUCAUCAUUGUGCAGAAACCUGCGUCAAAGUCACCAAAAAGACAGGUGCCUAAGAAGGCUCCCGUCUCUCGGAAAGGAAAAGCGACCCAUGGUAAGGACGUAGCCAUACCGAGUGUGCCAUCAUUAUUACCCCCUGCAGCUGACACUUCAUCUGAAAGCAAAACGUCCUCCCUGACACCAAGCAACAUCCCACUUGUGAGUUCGACCCUCCCCACCGGCAUCUCAAGAUUGACAACUGGUCAUGCUGUUGUUCCUCCAGUCGAAGUUCAGUUCGGCCCCGGCACGGACGAACAGCCUCCGACUCCAGCCAGGACCCCUCCGGGUGCGCUCGAGGACGACGCCGGCGCUCUCAACGCCUCCCCCAGACGUCACCUGAACAGGGCGUGCCGGCCUCUGUCUCUCGCGGACUCGGAUGACUCGGUGGACCGGAUCGUCUCCUCGACGCGCAAGACGACGUCCCGUUCUACCCCAAGGUCGCGGGCCUCCAAGACCUACCUCGGCGCGCGCCCCCCCGUCAAGAACCGCAAGUCGGCGCCUGCCACUGUCUCCGCCUCUACCGAGGACUUCUCCUGCGAUGCGGCUGCCGACGAUCACAGUGAUGGCCCCUUCGAUGCUCCGGCCGACGCCCUCACCGACGCCCCUGCGGACGCCCACGCCCAGGCACCCUGUGACACCCCCACCCACGCACCCGGCGACAACCUCGCCGACGGCAUCUCCGUCGUUCGCACCCUUGAGUCGCCUAUGACACCCUUCUCCGGGUUCACUCCGACUUGUGAUACUGUCUACGUGGAGGUGUCCACGGAUGCGCUGAAGAGUGACGCGGCCGAGGAUGAGGUGGCCGCCGAGUACACUCUGGAGGGUGUGGUGACGGCGGGGUCGCCGGUGCUACAAGAGUUGCAGGCGGCUCAGCCCGACGGCCACUGCGAGGACGUCAAGGUGGAAAGGGAGGAAGACGCCCUCAACAACAACAGCAAGACUUGCAACCCUCAAUGGUGCGGGGACAAUGUGAACACUGAUCCUACGUGGGCCAUUCCCGUGAGUGUGAGUAACGUGGAAAUCUAUACCGAUUCCAAUGAGCGAGGGGUGGUGUAAAGCGUACUCAAAGAUUCAAAGAUCUCUGUAUUUCUGGAUUUUCUCCUGUACCUCUCAUGCAUGUUUUAGUCAGUGGGAAAUAUUUUUUUUCAUUUCCAUUAUCAUGUUUUAAUUAUAAGUUGCCACGACUAACACUAAAACUGAUAAACCAAUCUUAUCUUCUUUUAUGGAUUGUGA